UUAUGACCUGAAAUAGUCCAGUGCAAGCUGUGUCCACUUUCAAAGCCGAACUGAUUUUGAGAGUCCUAUUACUCACAAGGCUGAAUCUGCACAUUGACCUCAAACCCGCUCGCCAUGUUGCCCUGCCUCGAAUGGUUCAUUUGCUUGUGCGUAGUAUUCCCAGACUAUUUGCACGCUCAAAGAUUGCAGCCGCGGGUCCCACAGGCUACGCAAGUGACUGGAGGUAGUAGCACCCCAAGCUUGACUCCUACGACCACCACAGCCGGAUGUCCGCUUUGUAGUAUACUUACAGUGGAGUACGAAGAGUGGAAAUGGCCUGAAACCACCCAUAGCACUCUUGCGACUAUAAUAUAUUAUGUCAACAGCCAGAAUGAGACAUCCACGAGCACCUCCUAUGCUGUCUUCACGGACGCCUAUGGCAGCCAGGUGCCAUAUGCCACAGGGGGUGAUUCGGCCUUUUGGUCAUCGAUAUUGACUCCACCGGGGCCGACGGCAUUCAAUAUACUUAACGGUACACCCACGGUCACUUUGACCACAACUGUCAGUACUGCACCUGGAAAAGUCACUACCAUAACCACAGCUAUGCCAUCCCCUAGCUGGUAUGAGAACUAUGGCUUUGUUGCAGCAACCGAGUCUCUGGCCGUACAAUCAUGGUACACAGAGACUCUGUUAGGCACGCCGGUCACCUCAGCGGAAUGUGUAACUACGGGCUCGUCGUCCGAGUUCGCGUUGACACCCUAUUCCACCCUUCUGGGGAACACGGACCCCUAUCAAUUUCAAGUGCCCUUCUCAUAUUUUUCGCAAAUGGUGCAGCCGUCGUUAAACGCUGGCUGUGUCAUUGCGGCCGUCGCGUUUGCGUACACCGAACUACCAAUAGUGUCGGCACUGACUGCGACUACGACACAGUAUGGAGACUUUGUCGCCUCUCAAAUCUCUAGUCCCAGCUCUCAGCACUCUUCGGUCGUGCCAAUAGCAUUAUCUUCAAGCACCUCGGUGUCAUCAGCCAGCGCGACCCUCACUACGUCGUCCACGACUUCAGCACCUACAACGACUUCGCGCCCUGCCAUUACAACUUCGACAGUUUCCCUUGUGUCAACAACUCCUAUAUCCACCCCCACGAGUGGACAGAGCCUUGGACCUUCGGUUGUCACCAGUAGCCUUGCUGCAUCAACUACCACUCCACCUUCGACGUAUGUGUCAGAAACAGCGGGAGUAACUACACCUAUCGGAGUCCUCAGUACAAGCCUUACGCCUGGUGGUCCUCCAGUGACUAUCGAUGGUACCCAGGUCAGUCUUGCGCCAUCUGGGACAGCUUUAAUAGUGGGCAGCAGUACACUAGUCCCUUUCGUUGCGGGAAGCAGUGUUGGGCCCCCAGGCGAGUCUUCUUCUACAUCGUAUGGUUCAACCACCUGGUCUGCGGUAGGUGGAACUUCGACUGAGCUGCAAACAUAUGGGGGAAGUGCUACAGUGCCGAGCCUACCCACCUACACAGGCUGGGCUGGGAGUCUGCUCCACUCGAACAAGAGCUCUGUGGUGAUGAAUGUUGUCAUUAUCAUCCUUAUCCACUUACUGGUUUGGACUGCGUGCCUCUUUUAGUCUGGAUUGCGGUGUGGCUGCAGACAAGGACUAUAAAUGACAAUGGUGGACAGGUUCUGUACAUAACGAAAUGUGUGUUCUGUGUACCACCUGUAACGAUCUAUUUGCACGGGGUAGGCCAAUGUCUCAAGACACGUAUAUCUCUCUGAUCAGCGACAUCUUUGCG